UGUCUUGAAUGGCCAGCCAAGAGCAGAAUGAAGACACUCAACGUCUACCCGUCAAGUUUGAUUUGAUUCGUGAAUCGUUAACCAGUCCGAUCAUCGACCUGUUCCCGGGACAAGACGAAGGCAUGGUCAGAGGUGAGCCAGGUGGUUUCGUCUUCACGCGGGAGUAUGGCCGUCGCCCUAAUGAGAUUUAUCAAUUCCAGCCGAGAGAAGACGAUGUGUGGGUCUGCACUUUCUCUAAAUCUGGAACGACGUGGACCCAAGAGUUGGUUUGGCUCAUUGCCAACAAUUGCGAUACUGAGACGGCCAAGAAAACGCCGUUGCAUGUGAGAUCGCCCUAUCUCGAAGGGGAUUUUCUGCAAUCACCGGAACGAAUGCCACAGGAAAUCCGGGAUUGCUGGUCGUUGGAAUCCAUGGCCAAAAGGCCGUCGCCUCGAAUUAUCAAGAGUCAUUUGCCUUUCUACCUUCUUCCACCGAAAUUAUUAGACACUUGCAAAGUAGUGUACGUGGCACGUAACCCGAAGGAUGUCAUCGUCUCUAAUUAUCAUCAUUUCAAACUGUUUAAAUUUCAUGAUUACAAAGGCACUAUGGAACAGUUUGCCGAGUAUUCCAUGAACGGCCUAAUUUAUUAUUCGCCGUACUUUCCUCACGUCCUGGAAGCUUGGAAUCUACGUCAUCAUCCGAAUGUUUUGUUUUUGUUCUACGAAGAAAUGAAACAGAACUUGAGGGCAGUGGUGGAACGUGUGGCCGCUCAUCUGAAUAAAACCAUCAACGAGGAGCAAAUGAUCCGCGUGCUGGAUCAUUUGAGUUUCAAAAGAUUAGCUGAAGGUGAAGCCGCUGAAUCAGCCAAAGCCAAGGCAAUGGGUGUUAUUAACGAAGACGCCGGUACCUUCUUUCGUAAAGGUAAAGCAGGCGAUUGGAAGAAUCAUUACAGUCCGGAAUUGAAUGAGCGCAUUGAUAAAUGGAUGGAAGAUAAUUUAGCCGGUUGCGAUCUCAAGUUUAUUAUGGAAUUGGAUCAUCAAGACUGACGAGUUUCAACAGAGCUUAGUGUU